AUGGACGACGAUGAUGUGGUAAUCCUCCACAACGCCAUUCGUCAAACUUUACCAGAAAUGUUGACACUAUAUGUGGUCGACAAUGGAGGUUAUGGAGRAAAUCCAUCAAGUGCAAACUCGGGCGGUCCAAACACUUUUUACCCCAGUGCUGUGAGCACACUCUUCCCCGACGUUAGCGGUGCAAACGCAUAUGGUCCAAGCACACUCUUCCCUACCGGUUGUGCUCCUGGUUCUCCCAACCCGUACCCGAUCCGGUCUCCCGAACUGUCAAAACCGUUGUGGGAGGUAGAUAUGGCAGAAGAUGUUUCUGUUGCUGCCGAAAUUUUGAACAUACCCGAAGACGACGAUAAUUCGGAUUCUGAAGAUAUCAAGCCGGUAAGGAAUAGUUUUUGGGGUAUGCCMKACCCACCACCUUGUCCGGACCCAGUUAUCAAAAGUAGACAUGGAAACAUUUCCUACCAGCCUACAUCCCAUGUCAAAGUUCUACAAACCUUUGACUCGAAGGAAGCACUUAAGCUCACAGUGGGAUUAAAGUGCGUUCAUGAAAACUUUCAGAUGAAAGUAAAGAAAUCUUCCAAACACUGGUACGAGGUGGUGUGUCACUCAGAUUCGGACUGUGAUUGGCGUUUGAUGGAUGUUUCCAUCGAUGGUACCAGUAUUUUCCAGGUACGGAAGCUCCACGAUGAACACACAUGUUCAAGGUCCCAAGUGCAUCCAAACCACCGUCAUGCGAAUAAAAAGGUUUUGGGUCAUAUACUGGCAGGCAGUCUAAAGGAUUGUAGGAGAGUGUACCGUGGUAAAGAAAUCAUGGAAGAUGUGAACCAACGGUUCAAUAUUAGCAUCUCCUACCACCAAGCAUGGCGAGCAAAGAUGUAUGCCUUGCAACUGUUGAGGGGGACCCCGGAAUCGUCGUUUAAUCUACUCCCGGUUUAUUGUCACAAUCUAAAGCUAGCAAAUCCGGGGACUGUGACAGAGAUCGCUCUUGAUCCACUUGGACGAUUCGACAUGUUGUUUGUCGCACUCGGUUGUUCGAUUCGAUCGUUUCUAGGACACAUGAGACCGCUUCUUAUAAUGGACGGUGUCCAUCUGAAGGGGCCGUAUGUUGGCACCAUGUUCUUAGUGGUCGGCAUGGAUGGAAACAAUAGUAUCGUACCCAUUGCAAUGGGAGUGGGGAAGACAAAAAGUGGCCCGUCAUGGACAUGGUUUUUAUGUAAGCUUAGGCAGUGUAUCGGUGAUAUGCCCAAUUUAACCUUCAUCACCAAUAGGGCUGCCUCUAUCAACCUGGCCAUACGAACUGAGGCAUGCAAAGCUUAUCGGUUGUCGGACUUUGAAGCUACUAUGGAUUUGAUGCGGCACAGUCUACCUAGAGCCGCUCAAUAUCUUGAGAAAGUUGGCUACGCUAGAUGGGAACGAUCGCACUUCCCUGGAUUGCAUUACAGUGCAAUGACGUCCAAUAGUGCUGAGUCCGUCAACUCAGUAAUGCGGUUUGCACGCUAUCUUCCGAUAACAAUAUUAGUUGAAUUUUAUCGGGCGACAUUGCAACAAUGGUAUUUCAUACGUCGACAUAACGGAGUGACUCCUUGGGCGGAGGCCAAAUUAGAGAAGAGAAUACAUAGGAACGCAAAUUGGAAGGUAUAUCCCAUCAGCGAUUUGUUGUUUGAAGUUGAUGACCACUAUAACAAAGAAACGUGUGAUUUGCAUGCUAAGACCUAUAUUCAAGACUGCAGUCAAUUCUGUUCUGUUUGGUUCAAUUCCGACUCUUACCGUGCAACAUACGAGGAGGAAGUCAUUCCCCUUCCACCAGAAGCUGAAURUGUGUUGCCCAAYGAACGUUUGACCRUCCUACYSSCUCCCUUGGACAUACAAAACUCAGGCAGGCCACGCAACCGCGAUCGUAUCCCGUCACGAGACGAGGAACCAAUAGUGAAAACUUGCAGUCGAUGCGGCCAAAGUGGACAUUUUCUAUAUAACUGUCCAAGUCCGAUGCCAACUCCUAGGCCGACGCACAGAAGUUCAAGUAGUCGUCGAAGAUCAGUUAGUCGGCCAAACGAUUGUGGUCCGUCUGAACCUGAUACUACACAAGACUAUGUAUUUGAUACUUACAAUUUAAUAGCGGCGGACGGUGGUGGAUGGCGGCGGUUGACGGUGGUUGGUGGCGGCGGAGGGUUGUGGAUGGCGGGGCUUGAGGGUGGUUGUUGGCGCCGGAAGGUGGUGGAUGGCGGCGAAUGA